AUGCUCAUCUUCUCAAGAAUUUUCACUCUUCUCUUCGUUCUUCUGGCCAUCGGAAUGGUCGCUGAUGCCGCUGGUUCUCGCCGUGACCGCUAUUGUGGACGCCUAAUUGCCACAAAUAUCAUGGCCGCAUGUGGCAGUGCAUCUUGUGAAAAUCACAAAGAAAUCGUCGCCGCUUGCAUGAACAAACAGCCACUGACAGAGACGGAAAUCAUGGACUUCUGCUGCCCAGCCCAAUAA